AUGGACUUGGAGGGCCUGAGCUUCAAAAUCGUCACGCACACGACGGCGCGGAAGGUGGUCAAGGACGUGGUCAGCAUGCUGCAGAACCACUACCCCGAAUGCAGCGGGAGGAUGAUCAUCAUCAAUGCCCCUCGGGUUUUUGGCAUCGCAUGGUCUUUUGUAAAGCCGCAGUUGGAUGCAAAGACGGUCGAGAAGAUCUCGAUCUUCGGAAGCGAUCAGCGAGAGGCGUACGUGCAGUGCCUCCUUGAUCUGGUCGACGCUGACCAGCUGCCUCAGAUGUACGGCGGCACUUGCGUCUGCGACGGUCAGGACCCCAUGUCCUGCAUGCGUGCCGUGAAGGGGCCGUGGGCGAAGCCAGAGGUGCUCAAGAUCUUAGAAGAGCAUCCGCUGGACGAGGUUCUGACCCCGGAGGGCGCGAAGCUGCUCCAGAAAUCGCAGCAG